AGUUUAGACUAAACAAAAUAUAUACUGUUCCUACAUCUUCUUGCCUUGUUUUUAUUUUUAUGUAGUCACCGACGAGUAUUAACUAAUUUGAUCCUAAAAAUGAGAAAGUGAUGAUUUCUUUCAGUACAUGUUUCAUAAAAUGAGGUUACGAUCUCGAAGACUAUCCAGAAUAAUGUGGAAUCCACUAGCAUAUCUCACCUUUGAGGAGAAAGCUGCUAUUUUACUUCAGGGUGGAUGUCUGUUUUCAUUCUUUUGCCUCUCUGUCGUUAUUGCAUGGAAAGUGUUCAAGAAAGUCCAGCAGAAUAACAAUGACCUCCCAGCAAGGGACAUCAGCAAAGGUCAUCAUUGGUGUCCGAUCGAUUCAUUCUGUAACACUGCCUACUGUAGUAUUUGUACAACACUCAUAAUUGAUGGCUAUUACUGUGAUUCCUGUGGAGUCUGUUCUGAUAGGUCUUGCCUCAAGAAAGCCAACAAAACUCUGAGCUGUAAAGCUUUAGCCACCGAAGACACUAACAUGAAACAUCACUGGAUAAAAGGAAACUUUCCAUCCGUCUAUCCUUGUGAUGUCUGUCAAGCAGAUUGUGGAACAGAAGCUGCACUCACUGAUUUCCGCUGUUGUUGGUGUCAGCGUAGCACCCACAAACACUGCCUCACUAACAUGGCCACCCAUUGUGACUUUGGGCGCUAUCGAUCCUUCAUCGUCCCACCAUUUUGCAUCACUUUAAGGAAAGUUGGAAUAAAAGGGCAUUUAGUGGUGGAUGAAGUUCAGCCACCCCCUUACAGGCCCUGGAGCCCUUUAAUAGUUAUUGGAAAUCGCAAAAGUGGAAACAACGAAGGGGAUCUCGUUUUAAGAUCUUUUCGAGGUUAUUUGAAUCCUGCUCAGGUAAUUGAUUUGGAUGAGGUGAAACCGGAGAAUGGACUGCUGUGGUGUAAGUUGAUCACAGAUCACACCUGUCGCAUAUUGGUUGCUGGCGGAGAUGGCACCGUAGGAUGGGUCUUGAAUGCCAUUGACAGUUUGAAUAUUGAGCCAUUGCCACAGAUAUGCAUUUUGCCUCUCGGUACUGGAAACGACUUAUCCCGAGUGCUGGGUUGGGGACACUGUUACUCGGGUGAAGUUGAAGUGAAGAAAAUCUUGGAUCAAAUAUCAGCAGCUACUCUCACAAAAUUGGACAGGUGGAAAAUCAACCUAACACCCAUUAGGCACUUACCUAUGUUAAAACCUAUGCGACAUCCUUCAAAGGUAUAUUUUAUGAAUAAUUAUGUAUCAGUUGGAGUAGAUGCUUUGGUAGCACUUAACUUCCAUAAAACAAGAGAAUCAAAGUUUUAUCUCUUUGGAAAUCGAUUGAUUAACAGGUUUUUGUAUCUUCUGUAUGGAGCAAAAGAUAUUUUAGAGAGAGGCUGUGAGAAUGUUCAGAGCAAGAUUCAGCUCUAUUUGGAUGACAAGUUAGUUGAAUUACCUGAAUUAGAAGCUGUUGUAAUACUUAACAUAUCCAGCUGGGGUGGAGGUGUGAAGCCAUGGAAUAUGGGAACUCCAGAAACGACAUACUCACCUCAAAAGCUGGACGAUGGUUUGCUAGAAGUGAUGGGCAUUUACUCUUCAUUCCACAUAGCUCAACUUCAGAUCGGAUUGUCUGAACCACUAAGAUUAGGACAAGCAAAAAAUGUUAGGAUUAAACUUCUUGAACGUUUACCGAUCCAAAUUGAUGGUGAACCUUGGGAACAGCAACCCUGUGAAAUUCAAAUUUCUCUUCACAAUCAAGCUGCAUUUUUGUCAAACAUUCGUCACUGAAUCAUUUGUGUUACAAAAUUUGAUGAUUAAUUCCAUGUAUAUAAACACAUCAAAAACGCUAAAUAUUAUAUAACACUAUAAAUUGAAGUUAUAUUUAAA